CACACUAAAAUCAAAUAGAGAAGAUGUCAGCUGAACCUGGUCCUUCAUAUGCACCAAAAAACAUCCUAUUAACUGGUGCAGCCGGCUUCAUAGCCUCCCAUGUAACCAGCAGACUAAUCAAGAACUAUCCAAACUACAAGAUUGUGGCCCUUGAUAAGCUAGACUACUGUUCCAGCUUCAAGAAUCUCCAAUCUUGUCUCAACUCCUCAAACUUCAAAUUCGUCAAGGGUGAUAUUGGUUGUGCUGACCUUGUCAAUUACCUCUUGGUAGCAGAGGACAUUGACACUAUAAUGCACUUUGCUGCCCAAACCCAUGUGGAUAAUUCCUUUGGGAACUCCUUUGAAUUCACCACCAACAAUAUAUAUGGCACACAUGUACUUCUUGAGGCUUGCAAAGUUACUGGGCGCGUCAAAAGGUUCAUCCAUGUUAGUACUGAUGAAGUUUAUGGGGAGACUGAUUUAGAGACUGACAUUGGCAAUCCUGAGGCCUCUCAGCUUCUUCCCACCAAUCCAUACUCUGCCACAAAAGCAGGCGCAGAAAUGCUUGUCAUGGCUUAUAAUAGAUCCUAUGGCCUCCCAACAAUAACAACUCGAGGCAAUAAUGUGUAUGGCCCUAAUCAAUAUCCAGAAAAGCUUAUACCGAAAUUCAUUCUCCUUGCCAUGAAGGGAGAGAAGUUGCCGAUCCAUGGUAAUGGCUCAAAUGUGAGAAGCUAUUUAUAUUGUGAGGAUGUUGCUGAAGCAUUUGAUGUCAUACUUCAUAAAGGGGUUAUUGGACAUGUAUACAAUAUUGGCACUCAAAAGGAAAGGGGAGUCUUGGAUGUGGCUGAGGACAUUUGCAAGCUGUUUGGAUUGGAUCCUAAAGAAGCCAUAAGUUUUGUUCAAGACAGACCAUUUAAUGACCAGAGGUACUUCUUGGAUGAUCAAAAGCUAAAGAAGCUUGGCUGGGAUGAAAGGACCUCUUGGGAGGAUGGGCUAAAGAUGACAAUGGAGUGGUAUACUAAGAAUCCUAAUUGGUGGGGUGAUGUAUCUUCUGCUCUUCACCCACACCCUGGUGUUUCCAUGAUAACUCAAUCCAGUGAUGAUGCUUGGUUCUUUCAGUAUGGGCACACGAGAAUUACAAGAGAAUUCAGUCUGAGUAAUGGCAGUUCAGGAUUGAAAUUCUUGAUAUAUGGAAGGACAGGUUGGCUAGGUGGAUUAUUAGGGAAGCUCUGUGAAGACCAGGGCAUAGUCUAUGAAUAUGGGAAGGGAAGACUGGAAGAUAGGAAGUCACUCUUGGAGGAUAUAAGGAGAGUAAGGCCAAGCCAUGUGUUUAAUGCAGCGGGAGUUACUGGGAGGCCAAAUGUUGAUUGGUGUGAAUCACACAAGGUUGAAACAAUUAGAACUAAUGUGGUGGGUACAUUAACUUUAGCUGAUGUUUGCAAGGACCAAGGUCUGUUGAUGAUUAAUUUUGCCACUGGCUGCAUAUUUGAGUAUGACAAGGAGCACCCCCAAGGAUCAUGUAUAGGAUUCAAGGAGGAAGAUAAGCCUAAUUUCACCGGUUCCUUCUAUUCCAAGACUAAGGCCAUGGUGGAGGAGCUUAUAAUAGAAUAUGAGAAUGUCUGCACUCUCAGGGUUCGAAUGCCAAUAUCAUCAGAUCUCAGCAACCCAAGAAACUUCAUCACGAAGAUCAGUCGUUACAACAAAGUGGUGACCAUACCCAAUAGCAUGACGGUACUAGAUGAGCUCCUACCCAUCUCCAUUGAGAUGGCAAAGAGGAAUUGCAGUGGAAUUUGGAACUUCACCAAUCCAGGAGUUAUAAGUCACAAUGAGAUUUUAGAGAUGUACAGAGAUUACAUUGACCCAAAAUUCACUUGGGUGAAUUUCAAUUUGGAGGAACAAGCCAAGGUGAUAGUAGCUCCAAGGAGUAACAAUGAGUUGGAUGCUUCGAAGCUCAAAAACGAGUUCCCCGAAUUGCUAUCAAUCAAAGAUUCAAUCAUCAAAUAUGUCUUUGAGCCUAACAAGAAGACUUGAAUAUUCAUUUUUGUUGCAAUUAAGGAAAAAUUUGUAUCUCAGAGUUCCGGAGAUGGAAGGUGACAAUUUUACCAUAAGGUUAUU